AUGGAUACAGUUCAAUUGCAAGUACAAAUAGGGGAAACGAAGAGGGUAAUUUUUACUCCAGAACCAAAUAAUUACAUUGAUUUGGUUGAUGUUAUAAGGAAAGAAAUUCCUAAAACGUGCACGAUUGACUUUAGUCUCAUGUAUGAAAAUGAUGAAGGGGAGUAUGUUUUUAUGAACAGCCACAACCCAUUAUGUAUACGUAUUGCUUUUGCAUCUGCAAAAACUAUUCCCGGUACUGAUGUACGGCGUUUAAAAAUCCGGAUAUUUCAGGGAUCUUCUCCUAGUGUCAAGGUUGUAGAAGCGGCAGAGAAAAACGACAGCACAGCAGGUGGAAUUGCUUGCAGGGCCACCGAACGUCCACGUGGAGUGCAAGCCAAAAAGCAAAUACGUCUCGAAAAUAGGUUGCCAAUUCCUUCUAUGCCGACUCUAAAUGACGAUGAAGAAUCUGAAACUGAUAGCGAUGAUGAUAUUGCAGAUCAAGCAAGUGGAUACACACAGUGA